AUGAGAACACCACCACCAGAUAUGAACGGAAUACAAAUGUUCAUAAAAAGUCUUCAAGAUGAGAAUAUCGUCUCCUCCUUACCGAAACAUGACGUUAGUUAUGUCAGCCAAAUUAGGAUGUAUGCAACAACUCAAUUAGCAGAGUGCUGGAUGAAUAUGCAGAGCUCGGGUAAUCUUUCGAUUAUAUCACCGUCACCGAACUAA